AUGGUUUCCUUUGAUGUCGCGUCCCUUUUUACUUCAAUCCCCCAGGAUCUGGCAGUCGAGACCGUCGAACUACUCCUACGAAGCAAAUACGAUGCGACGGCGAAUCGCCUCCGACAUGCCCAAAUCCUACAACUCCUGAAGUUUUGUCUCAGGACAUACUUUACGUUUGACGGAAUAAUCUACGAACAGGUGAAGGGAGCAUCAAUGGGUUCAUCGAUUUCGGGACGCAUAGCUGGGGCGGUCCUACAACGAUUAGAGUCACUGGUCUUCCAACAGCACAGACCGAAAUUCUGGGCGCGGUAUGUGGGUGAUACCUUCGUCGUCAUCGAACCGGAUCAUGUGCUUACGUUCAAAGAAAGUUUCAACAGCAUCCCCUCGGACAUACAAUUUACGAGGGAGGGGGAAGAAAAUAACCAGCUGGCCUUCCUCCAUUUCCUCAUUUUUCGCAAAGAUUGUGGUAGCCUGUUAUAG